UGUGACCAAGGGUUGUUUCGGAUUUCCGGACGGAUGCAUCACGAAGGGAAGCUGCGAAAUAUUGGUCUCCUACGUAGCCUGAAGAAGACAGCUACCACUUCGAGCUCACCGGCCCUGCCGACGCCGAGCGUAUGUGGAUAGCCGCGGGGAUCUCCGAGACCGCUAAAAUGGAACUCACAAGCGUGGUGGAAUGCGUCCGUUCGGGAGACACAACUUUAAUUCGCGAGUCUUGGAACGUAGCAGGAACGGUGAAUAUGGUCUUGGAGACGCCAACUGCAGGCAUAAUUUUCGGCAGUCACGCGAUGACCGACGGCGUGCUCAAGUGCAGCUGGCAAAGGAAGGCUAAGACCACUGUCCAAGAGAAGACCUUCGACCUGGCCAAGAACAAAUACUUUGUUAUCCUCGCAAAGGGAGACAGUCUUACACCUACGAAUGAUAAAACUUACCACAAGCAUCGCUUAGCGUCGAAGGAAACCUUGUCGUUUGGAGAGAAACGUCUGGCCAAGAGUGGUUCCGACAGGAACCCGCUCAUCUUAGUGCAUGGAAACAUGAUGAUUCUGGCUUGGCUCUACCUGGUGAGCCUCGCCAUUAUGAUCGCUCGCCAUUUCAAGCCAUCCUGGGAAGGCUCAACGAUCAUGGGCGACAAAGUGUGGUUCUUUCUUCACCGAGGCUUGAUGGCGACCGCUGUAGUCACUAUGCUGACAAGCGUGGCAGUCAUAUUCUACACAUCAGGUGGAUGGAACUAUAGCGGGAACCUGCAUCCGAUUCUGGGAGUAACAGCGGUGGUCCUGGGAGUCUGCCAGCCAAUCAUGGCACUCUUUCGCUGCCACCCCGAAGAAGAAAACCGGUACAUCUUCAACUGGAUGCACUGGGGAAAUGGCAAUACGGCGCAACUGUUCGCAGUGACAACCAUCGUCUUCGCCACGGGCUUGAAGAAAGCGAACCUCGGUGACUCGAAGUGGUUCCUUCCCGUUCUGGCGCUGUUCGUCACCUUCUACGUCAUCGUCCAAUUGGUGUUUCAGAUCCAGAAGUCGAUGACGCAGUCGGUGGCCACGACAGCCCCUCCACUGGCCGUCGGGGUAGACGUACCGAUGAAGCCGGAGAACGUGGUUCCGGCGUCCGUUGGCGCGCCGUUGUCGCCCACGGGGGCGCCGAAUCCACCCGCUGCUCCUGCGGCCCCUGCCGAGCCCGUACCGGGCAAACCGGAAGCCCUGGCACCUGGCGGUGCACCAGCCGAGCAGCCUGGUGCUCGGCCGCUCAGUGCGGCAUCGUUAGGACUACCGCCUCCCGGGACGGCAGCCGCAGGCCAGGAAGGCGAGGGCUUCCGGAAGAUUUUGCUGGCCCUGUACGCCGUCGUGUCUCUGGUGUUCGCCGGCAUCUUGUGCGGCAUCGUGUGCACCUCGGCGCCACCGAAGUAGUGAUGACGUGCGGAUUCGGACGGCUGGUUUCCUCGGCGUCUGAAUAAACAAGCUGCGAACACUUUGACGGGGGUCUAGCGACGCUUGCGCUCCUGGGAUCAGGCUCUCAAGACUCUCUCUUCGCACAUUUUCAUAAUUAGCUCUCUUAC